AUGGAAUUUAUGGAACUGUUAGAAUCGAUUUCUCGCUACACAGCGGCUUUCUCUGCUGGGAAAUUGGGUCAGUCGACGUUGCAACCACCUCCUCGACUUUUCUGCAUCGAUAAGUAUGGGCGAUUCAAUGUAAAUAAUGCGUGCCCGGUCUGCCGUGAUGAGUAUUUGUUCUUCGACUAUCGGAAUCCUGCUUUGAUCGAGCAGUUUCUUUCUGAUGGUACUCACCAGCCUAUUGCGAUUUUAAAAAGUGGCCUGUGUCGAGAACAAUAUGCUAUGCUCAGAGCUCAGUUGCUAGCUGCUAAAGAACACGGAACAAUCACGUUCGGUAUCGACUUCCGAAAUUUCGACUUUCGGGAAUGGUACAAGGACUGGACAACACCUCCAAUGCCUCAUGUGGAACGUGCCGGAAUUCGCCUCCAAGAUAUCCACCCAGAUCCGCUAGUGUCGUUCCCUGUGUUCAAGCGUGACUUCAACAACGAUUGGGACCAAUGGUGGCUUCGAUAUGACAAAUUCGCUCGAUUGCAUCUUUUAGAAAUAGCAUGUAAUGCUGUCCAGAUGUUGUGGUUGCGAGUUAGCGUAUUCUUACUGCUGCUUACGUUCUCCGAACAAAAAGGAAAAUCGGAUCGGUCAACGAAACAGGGAAAAAAGAUCGUUGAGGAAGCGAAAGUCGAGCCUAAAAAAGAGGAAGAGGAGACCACUGCAAUGCCCUUGUCGCAUCCACCGUCAAGCGUGUCAAAACAGUCAAUUUUAAAGGACCAUGAAACUGUAGAUUUCUCGCCGCGCAAAUUUGCAAAUCCAGUUCUCGUCUAUGUGACACCGUGGAAUAACAAGGGCUAUGACUUGGCCAAAUGGGUUUCGCAGAAAGUCACGCAUGUAUCUCCUGUCUGGCUCCAGGUGGGUUGUUUCCCUCAUCUGAAAAAAAUGUCGAAUAACAAAAGUUCAAAUGGAAGCGAUACUACGCACUGUUGA